GUGUACCUCGUUAGUACUGUAUAUUUACACAUUUGAAUUUUACCGUUAUCAGUUAUUACUGAUUCGAAAAUGUAUUCGAAUUAUUUGUCCGCUUAUAGUCAAAAUGAGCUGUUCAUUUGGAUCCCGUUUGUGUCAGGUUCCACCAGGGCCUCUGUUUGCACGUUUCAGAAGGCUAGUACUCCUGUAUCAUUUUACUUUCUCUAUUUUAAAGCAAGAUGAAUCCAGAUUUGGUGUGAAGCUUUCUCUAACGCAUAGAGUGGGGAAGUUGGAACACGCAGUCCGUUUGACCACAACUGUAAAACAAAAUCAUAUUAGUCUGUUUUCUUUUUAUGGCGGAUACACCCAAUAGCAACACUGGUCUAACUAUUUCACGGGCUUAAAGUCCCUUUAGAAUGAACUCCAAUUAAUGGAAAAAAUACACUCAAAUGCCAAAUACCAUCAACCCUUUUCAAGUUGUUGCGCUUACUUCUACCAUAGAUGGUUUUGCUAGCCCAGGGAAGCCAAGUGAAUGGCUCUGUGGCUGAGGCGAAUUGGCUCCAAUUGUUCACUGAAAUGAACCGUUAUUUGCUCCUGAACACCCUCUCCCAAUUUCCACGUUCGGCAUGGAGUUUCAUUGAAGCUUUUUAAUGUUUAUUUGUAUUUAUUGUUUGACUUUAAUUUAUUAUGUCUGUAUUUGGAAAUUAUAGUGAAUAAUAAUGGGAAUUACACUUUUAUUUUACGUAGGCCUACUGACAUAGGACUUACAAUACUUUAUCUGUGAAGGGUCUGCCCUGUUAAACAUCCCUAUCAACUAUAUGAAUGGAUGAAAAUAUUUUUAAGACGUCAUUGGAAGCACUACAACAACAACCUGGCUAAGAGGCUAAAUAUUAUAUUUAUAUGGAAAAGCUUAUUCUAUAUCUCUUUACAUUCUUGCUUAAUUAUAAUAAUUGAAUUCACAGCUAUCAGUAUAGUCCUCACAAAUAUGGCGGUAGGCUCCAUCCAUUUGCUCCAACUUCUUCGAGCACCAUGUGACUGAUCGGGCGUCAUAGACGGAAGUUGAAUUGUUUUCACGUUGUUGAGCUCAGCGGUGACUGACAACCUUUUUAUACAGUCUAUGCUGACAAAUGAACGGAACUCCAUCUGACCCAAUGGUUCAGUCAUACCCGGAAAGCUGAAACGGACAGAAUGAGAGUUAUUAUAGGUGGGGGUUCUGGGUUUGUGGGUCGUGAGCUAACCCGGUUGCUGCGCGGUAAAGGUCACGAGGUCACCCUGAUUUCCCGUCACGCCGGCCCCGACAGGAUCACAUGGGAGGAUUUGGACGCCGGCGGCCUCCCGCCAUGCGAGGGCGCUGUUAAUCUGGCCGGUGAGAAUCUCAUGAACCCCCUGCGCUGGUGGAAUGAGAGUUAUAAGCAGGACCUGUUCUCCAGUCGGAUUGAUACGACCAGAGCUCUUGCCCGGGCCAUAGGUUCUGCCCCCACACCCCCCCGGUCCUGGGUCCUGGUCACUGGCGUGGCCUGUUACAGGCCAAGCCCGACUGCUCUGUACACGGAGGACAGUGAUUGGACGCCCUUUGACCUCUUGUCCCAAUUGGUGAAGGACUGGGAAGGGGUGGGACGUCUCCCUGAAGACGUCGCCACGAAAACCAGACAGGUGGUGAUCAGGCCAGGGGUGGUGCUGGGGCGGGACGGGGGGGCCAUGAGGCAGAUGCUGACCCCGUUCUGGCUGGGCCUGGGGGGCCCGUUGGGCUCGGGGCAGCAGCCCUUCCCCUGGAUCCACGUGUCGGACCUGGCGGGGAUCAUCGCCCACUCCCUGGAGUGCACCACGGCUCCCCCCUCGGGCCGGGACGGUCCGGAGGUCCUGAACGGGGUGGCCCCCGCCCUCGACACCAACCGGGAGUUCACCGGGGCGUUGGGCCGCGCCCUGCGCCGCCCCACCCUGUUCCCCGUCCCGGGCUUCGUCCUGCGGGCGCUGAUGGGCGCGGAGCGGGCCGUGGUGCUCACGGAGGGCCAGCGGGUGGAGCCCAAGAGGACUCUGGAGACGGGCUACCAGUACCAGUACCCCCACCUGCAGGCCGCCCUGGAGGAGAUAGUGGGGAGGUAAUGGCCAACACCCCGCCCAGGACGGCUUCAGCUCUGCUGAUAAUACCUCCGUCCUGCAACCCCGCUCAAGCCUCCACCCGAGAUGCCAUCAACCGGUCCCACAAAUCUUCUCGGACACACCAAAAAAACCUCAUUCCCACCUGUUUGAAUGCGCUUUCGAUACUGUGUAAAAGGCCCUCUGCACCACUCUGAUCAGUUGUCUAUUUCAUACACCUCUGUGGUUCUCAUGAUGCAAUAAACAAAUGUGUGAACACUGCACCCUCCAGGUUGGAACAUGAAUCGCCUCAAAGUGUUUAUUUUCGCUGUCCAAUAAACUGUUUUUCUGACACAGUG